AUGUCUGGAGUGCGCGUUGGUCGUGUGCCUAAGCGUAAGAGAGGAGACCGUGCUAAAGCCCGGUCAGUAUUGAGAAUGAUGGCAAUAAUGCAAGACAGAAAUAGCGAGGAGGUACCGCGUGAGUUCCUCGAGACAGGUCGCACGGGGCGGCGCAACGCGAUGCCAGAUAUCUUACACCCACAGGGCGCGGAAGUUACCACCGCCGACCUGCCUUCCAGGCUGCAGAAUCUCGUUACUAUAACUGAUCCUGUUCAAGCUGGUCCUUCGAAGCCGGACUUAGAGCCAACGAAGUCCGACGAAGCUUCAGCAAAAAAUGACUGUAGUUGA